GGCGGUGCCCGCAGCCGCGCGGCGGGGCCGGGACCGGGACCGGGACCGAGCGGGGAGCGGGCUCCGGAGCAGGACGGGGCGGCGGCGGACAGAGGUUAUCAGGAGCGUUUAACCAGGCUCACCUCCCAACUUGCCGUUUGCACUGGAGAGGCGUAUUGACAUGAAAAGUAAGGAAUUGUAUUAGCAAAUAUUGAUCGGCGCUGGGGCAGGCAGGCGUUGCACAAGUACAGGCAUCUGCUGAGAUUGUUAUUUGGAGCUUUCAGCAAGACACUUGCACUACCGUGAGGCUGGAAAGGCUGUCACUACUGCAGGAGGUAAAAUAAGAACAUGGCAUGAUGUCCUUUGGAAAAGGAGCGAUGGCAGCCAUCAGGAAGAAGCUGGUGAUUGUGGGAGAUGGUGCCUGUGGAAAGACAUGUCUGCUGAUCGUGUUCAGCAAAGACCAGUUCCCCGAGGUCUACGUGCCCACGGUGUUUGAGAACUACAUUGCUGACAUAGAGGUGGAUGGGAAGCAGGUUGAGUUGGCCCUCUGGGACACAGCAGGACAGGAGGACUAUGACAGGCUGCGGCCGCUCUCGUACCCGGACACAGACGUGAUCCUCAUGUGCUUUUCCAUUGACAGCCCGGACAGCCUCGAGAACAUCCCUGAGAAGUGGACGCCGGAGGUGAAGCACUUCUGCCCCAGUGUGCCCAUCAUCCUGGUGGGGAACAAGAAGGACCUGCGGAAUGACGAGCACACGCGGCGGGAGCUGGCCAAGAUGAAGCAGGAGCCCGUGAAGCCAGAGGAGGGGAGGGACAUGGCCAACAGGAUCAAUGCCUUCGGCUACCUUGAGUGCUCGGCCAAGACGAAGGAGGGGGUGCGGGAGGUGUUCGAGAUGGCCACCCGGGCUGGCCUGCAGGGUGUCCCUGCGACGUUCCGGGGCCGCGAGGGGCCAGUGCCUUCAGAACCUGCUGCUCUCCGUGGGCUGGGUGUUCGUGUCGCUCCCGUGCUGCCCUGGUUUGUACUGAGCUCCCCGGUUCUGCCUUUCCCGUGGGCGUUGCUGUGGUGUUUGCUCUCCUUCCCCAGCUCUGGGCAGGUGCCACAGAAGCAGGAGGUGCCGGUCACAGCUCAUGCGUGGGCUCUGCCAGGCCCUUGGUGUGCUUUGCCCGCUCUCCUUGGCCGUGCAGGCAGCACACGCCAGCGUUACAGACUUGCCCAGGCAGCCUUAGCCCUGUCUGAGAGCAGAGCUGGGCUCGGCUGCUGCCAGGAGCUCUCCUCCUGGGACGUGUGCCCAGCUCUGCCGGUGUCGCCGCCUUCGAGUCUGCCUCGGUCAUGGACUUGGCAGCACUAAACCCAACUGCAUAACUGGGAGAAUAAAUGCAAACCGGUA